AUGGAAAAACACAACGGCAACCCUGCCAGACAACGCAAACUGCGUUUUGGCAUUGCGCUUCUCCUCACUGCCAUCGCCGCCUUCCUCGUUAUUUCCCAUCUCUCGUUCUCUAGUUUCUGUCCCCAACAUCAAACCUCCAAACCCAAAAAACAGAAUGUAAUUUUCAUGGUCACCGAUGGAAUGGGUCCAGCGUCGCUUUCUCUUGCGCGUUCAUUCAAGCAGCACCGCGAUGGACUUUCCAUCGACGAUAUUUUGACAUUGGAUAAGCAUAUCAUUGGUAAUUCCAGAACUCGUUCCAGUAACAGUUUGGUUACUGACUCUGCAGCCGGAGCCACUGCGUUCAGUUGCGCUCUCAAAUCCUACAACGGCGCAAUUGGUGUGGACCCCAGUAAAAAUCCAUGUGGUACCGUAUUGGAGGCCAUGAAAUUGGAGGGAUACCUCACGGGUCUUGUAGUGACCACUAGAAUCACUGAUGCUACACCUGCAGCAUUCAGUGCACACGUAGACUACCGUUGGCAAGAGGACUUGAUUGCAGAGCAGCAAUUGGGUGAAACGCCAUUGGGCAGAACUGUAGACUUGAUUUUGGGUGGUGGCAGAUGUCACUUCCUUCCAAACACUAUCCCUGGUGGAUGUCGUGCUGACCAAAGAAACUUGGUAGAAGAAGCUAUUGCCAAGAACUGGUCUUAUGUCAGUGACAGAGAGCUGUUCGACUCCUUGGACGGCGGAAAGAACGUUUCUUUGCCCCUCUUGGGUCUUUUGGCUCCAACUGACAUUCCGUACGACAUCGACAGAGAUUCAAAGGUGUACCCAUCUUUGGCUGAGCAGGCCAAAACUGCUUUGACUGCCUUGAGCAAAGCCACUGAGGACUCCGACAAGGGUUUUUUCAUUCUCAUCGAGGGUUCCAGAAUAGACCACGCUGGUCACCACAACGACCCUGCCGCUCAGGUGAGAGAGGUGUUGGCAUAUGAUGACGCUUUCAAGGCUGUUCUCGAAUUUGCUGACUCUACUGAUGUCGAAACCGUCAUCAUCUCUACCUCUGAUCACGAGACCGGUGGCUUGGUCACUGCUAGACAAGUCUCUCCUUCAUACCCUGACUAUUUGUGGUACCCAAAUGUCUUGUUGAACAGCUCGCACUCCGGUGAGUAUUUGACCAAGAAGAUCUUGACCAAAAAACAGACUAAGGAGCUUUCUCCAGAAUCAUUUCUCUCGUUCAUCGAAAAGGAAAUUGUUCAAGAGGAUAUGGGCAUUAACGACUACACCAGCAAGGAGAUUGCUGAGAUCCAGGUGAGCGCCGAUGCAUCUGCUGAAAAGUUGUUGUACUACCUCAACAACAUGAUCUCAGUCCGUUCUCAAACUGGCUGGACUACUCAUGGUCACUCAGCUGUUGAUGUCAACAUUUACGCUUACUCCAACUCAAAGCGUAUCAAUGAGAUCCUCUACCAAAGAGAAGCUUAUGCUGGGCUCUUAGGAAAUCACGAGAACAUUGAGAUUGGUACCUUCAUGGAGACAUUGACUGGUGUCAAUUUGGAGAAAGUCACUGAUAUGUUAAAGGAUAUCAAGCAUCAUCCAGAAGGCAAGAGAGCUUCUGUCAAUGGGGCUGACAUUCAUGCGAAUGCCUAUUAG